AUGUAUACUCACACCAGAGCUCACACCACGGUUCCAACUUGUACUUCAGCCUUAGAGCAUACACUACUGGAGGUGUCAAUAUUGCGAAUCGAGGCUCGCCAUAUUUCUAGAAUCAGUACGGAAUUGGACAGCAAAUUGGAAUCGUUCACUCAAAUAUCAAAUGUACUUUUUGGAAAGCUCGAAUCGCUACGCAAUUUGAUCAAAACCAGAUUUGAACAAAAGGAUGACGCAAGGGAAUUUGCGGAUAAAAUUUCAGCAUCAUGGGAACUAGCUAACAAACAAGUUUACGAAGAGUAUGCUAGAAUUCGCGUUGCAAGCCGCACAUUAUCAGGAACCCCUUUGGCAUCCUUGUUGCAGAGAAUUCGUAGACAGUCCACUGCAGCCAAAUUAUCGCUCGACAUCAAAAAUCCAGAGGCAAUGACUGAUAAGCAUUGCAUUUUAAAAGGCUUAUCAAUACUCGAAGAAAUAACGAGACUAAUCAAACAGCUGGAAAAAUGCGACGAAAAGGUGCAGCAGUAUCUGUCGAUUUGUAAAAUGACUCCGUACCUUCUGGAGCUAGAUUCAGCCGUUGACGCGUAUGCCAAGACGAACGAGUUGCUGCCCCCGACAGUGAAGAAUUCUUCGUGCUUGACUAUUUUUCCCAUUCUUACACGUUUGUUGACGGAAGAACUGCUGGGUAAAGAGCCAGUAAAUCCAUAUCACGUCUUAGCAUCAAAUGCCCCGAGGAAGCCCGUAUUUAUAACUAAGAAUACAAUUAAGAGAAAAAUGGAUAUUCCAGCCUUCAAAACAGUUUAUUUGCGGGUUCAUCAAUUUAAUGCCAAGACAACCAUUUAG